CACUGCAGGUACCUAAAGAUGAAAUUUCUGUGGUAAUGUGGUGGUGGAGACUGUUCCUUUAAAACCACUUCCUGCAUGUAUAGUUUCAGCCACCAGCUCCAGUGUUCUGUUCCCGUUGUAGCUGACAGUCUUAGGAAGAGGCUGUGGGGAGUAGCUCAGCUCCACACUGAUGAACUGCCUUAGAAACCUGACCCCUCAAGGUCCUGAGCAAGCCAGACUCUCUCCUUUAAAACACAGACUUGUAUUUAAUAUGCUUAAUUACUACUGCAAACUCCACAUGCAGAUCUGGAAGAACCUAGAAGGUGAUAUUGGCCAGUAUUUUCCCCCUUUUAAGUAGAGGACCAAUGAACAAGAUUUUUUUAAGUGUUUUUAAUGUGCGUAAACAAUGAAUGAGUCAGUAUGAAGUGACUAGGAGUCCCCUUCCUGUGUCCAAGCCAUUAGUUGGUUAGGGUUUCAUUUUGUUCUUUCUUUUUAGGGGUAAAGAUGACCUUUUGAACCUACAAAAUUUUUAAGUUGUAACAACUUGAUGUCCUACUUUUUCCUUCUCACUAAUGUCAUUGUGAUCAUGUUCUUAUUCCUUGAGACAACUUAUGAAACAGCGAGAAAGGAGAGGCUGACGCCAUGAGCUUGGAUGGAGGCUUCAUCUACACAGCGGGCAAGUGUGGUCUGGUGCCUGUCCUGGCAGAGAACUACUUGUCUCAAGAUGGCAAAGAGCAGCUUGGGUCUAAGUGUGUGAACACACCCAUGAAAGGUUAUUACGUCGUGGCAGUGGUCAAGAAGUCAGACGCCAACCUAACCUGGAACUCUCUGCGAGGCAAGAAGUCCUGCCACACUGCAGUUGGCACUUCUGCUGGCUGGAACAUCCCCAUGGGUUUCAUAUACAAUCAAACUGGGUCAUGUAAAUUUGAUGAAUUCUUCAGUCAAAGCUGUGCCCCUGGGUCUGAUCCGGAGUCCAGCCUCUGUGCUCUGUGCAGAGGCAGCUUUAAGCCAGCCCACAUGUGUGCUCCCAACAGCCACGAGCAGUACUACGGCUCCAGUGGGGCGCUCAGGUGUCUGGUUGAGGAGGGAGAUGUGGCCUUUGUGAAGGACCCCACAGUCCUGCAGAACACUGACGGAAAGAACCCUGAAGCCUGGGCGAAGAAUCUAAAACACGAGGACUUCCAGCUGCUGUGCCUCGAUGGCUCCAGGAAGCCUGUGACUGAGGCUCAGAGCUGCCACCUGGCCACAGUCCCAAGUCAUGCUGUGGUCUCAAGGAAAGAUAAGGCAGAUUUUGUUCGCAGAAUGCUCUUCAACCAACAGGAGCUCUUCGGAAGAAAUGGGUUUGAAUACAUGAUGUUCCAGAUGUUUAAAUCCCCAGCCAAGGACCUGCUCUUCAGUGAUGAUACAGAAUGUCUGGCUAACCUUCAGGACAGAACAACUUACCAAAAAUACUUAGGGCCAGAGUAUCUUCAGGCUACUGCUAAUGUGAGGCAUUGCUUACACUCAGAACUUCUGGAUGCCUGCACAUUCCAUGGAAAUUAAAAACUGAUCAAAGUGGGCAAACACAGAGAUGUUCAGAGCCUGAAAAUACAGUGGGGUUACAUCCUCACUUGUCUGCCUGGUGGGUCUGUGUUAAUAUCACUCGUCAUUAUAAUUAUAUACUGUAACUGAUGCAAAAGUUGGAAUGAAUAAAAAUUGUUGUGUCUUCUCAGAAAA